GCCGCAGACGAAGCGCACCUCGCGGCUGCGUCGGACAGAGCUGCUGGGCACCCGCUCCCCCCGGUUCUCUCUGAGAUCGGGGCUCCCGACCAACUCCUGUGCUUCCCACUCCCCGUGGCCCCCGGUAGUCCUCCGUAGAGGCGACUCUGCGGGAGGACUAGCGGUCCCAUCCAGCUCGGCCCGGUACCGACCCGCUGCCCAGCCCAGCCCCGUCCCUCCCUUCCCGGUCCGUGGCGCCCAGAGAGCCGCAGCCAUGGGCUUCCGAGCCGCGCUGCGGGUCGCCGCGCUCCUGCUGCUCAUCAGAACCUGGCUCGCGGACAGCGACAAGCCCAGUCCCACCCCGAAGUUCAAGUUCUCCCGAGUGCCUGAAGACUUCCUGGACAUGUUCGACUGCAAAAAUUGUGCAAAUCAAUCCCUGGUUCAAAAGAUUCUAGACAGGGUGCUGUCGAAUUAUGAUGUCCGGCUGAGACCGAAUUUUGGAGGUGCCCCUGUGACCGUGAAAAUAGCUAUCUAUGUCUGCAACAUUCACGAGAUCUCGGAUAUGGACAUGGACUAUACAAUCACGAUGUAUUUUUAUCAGACCUGGAAGGAUUCACGCUUAGCAUAUCAUGAGACCAACCUGAACCUGACCCUGGAUUAUCGCAUGAAUGAGAUGUUGUGGGUCCCAGACUGCUACUUUCUGAAUAGCAAAGACGUUUUUAUGCAGGAUGCAACUGUGGAGAAUCGCAUGUUUCAGCUUCACCCUGAUGGAACGGUGCGGUAUGGCAUCCGGCUGACCGCCAAAACAGGCUGUUCCUUGGAUCUGCAUAAAUUCCCUAUGGACCAGCAGACAUGCAAGCUGGAAGUGGAGAGCUAUGGCUACACUGUCGAAGACGUCCUAUUAGCCUGGGAAAACGGUGAGGAUGGCGUUCAGAUGACCGAGGAGCUGAAAAUCCCUCAGUUCAAUUUCCUGGGGAGGAUGAUUACUAGCAAGGAGGUGUAUUUCUACACAGGUUCCUACAUGCGUCUGGUAAUGAAUUUCGAAGUGCAGCGGGAAAUCAGCAGCUAUCUUUUGCACAUCUAUUGGCCCACUGUUCUCACCACUGUUCUCUCCUGGAUAUCAUUCUGGAUGAGCCAUGAUUCUGCGGCAGCCAGGGUGACAAUUGGCCUAACUUCCAUCCUUAUCCUGACCACCAUCGACUCACACCUGCGGGAUAAACUCCCCCACAUUGCCUAUGUCAAGGCCAUUGACAUCUAUAUCCUCGUGUGCUUGUUCUUCGUGUUCCUGUCCUUGAUGGAGUAUAUCUACAUCAACUACCUUUACUUCAGCCAAGGACCUCGCCGCCAGCGUCGACGACACAGGAGACUCCGAAGACUCAUUGCCCGCUACCUCUACCAUGAUGUAGUGGUGAGAAAUGUGCAGGAUGACCUCAUUAACGUGGAAAAUGAAGUUGAUCCUGGCUCUCUUCCCACCCGCCCUGCACAGGCUCCCCUGGCGAGCCCCGAAAGCCUUGGCUCUCUGGCAACCAUCUCAGAGCAGGCCCCACUGGCCACCUCCGAAAGCCUCAGCACACUCUCUUCCCUCUCCAGCCUGGCCCAGCUGGAGUCUGGAGAGAACCUGAGCCAUCUUCCCUCCACCUCCCAGCAGGCCCUUCCUGGCUUUCAUGAUAUUACUGUUCCCACCAAAAUCCACAUCCAUACCGAAGCCCGUGUGUGUGUGGAGACCUACGACGACAGCGAGGAUGACUCCGAAGACAACUUGGGCUUGGAUGAGAGCCUUGGCCGUGGCCCCAGCGGGAGGCCCAUGCUACUCCAGAGGUGUUUGCAAGAAGCAGGCUGGGACUCUGAUAUGAUCGAGCGCUUACUGGCUGACAUCAGUGUCAAGAGCAGCCUUGACCUUGAGGAGCAACGUGAGGGUAACGCUGACAAUAUCCGGAGCAUCGAUGUGGAGAAUCCCAUGACCUCUGACCAGGAGGACAGUGGCUCAGAGUCUGAAGAUGACUGCCUCCUGAGCUCUGGAUGCUGCCUCAGUAAAGCGAUCUCUUCCCAGCUCUUUAACCCUGACCAUGUCCCUGAGAUAGACAGGUGGUGCCGAGUCCUCUUCCCUGUUUCCUUUGGGUUGUUCAAUAUUGUUUACUGGCUGUACCACCUGUAUUAG